AUGGAGCUGCGGGGGUACCAGCGGGAGGCGGUGGCCCCGGCCCUGCGCGGCCGCAACAGCAUCAUCUGGCUGCCCACGGGCGCCGGCAAGACCCGCGCGGCCGUCCACGUCUGCCGGCGGCACCUGGAGAGCCGGCGGGGCGGCAGGGUGGCCGUCCUGGUCAACAAGGUGCAUCUGGUGGACCAGCACGCCAAGAAGGAGUUCCACGUGCUGCAGGACGCCUUCAAGGUGACGGCCAUCAGCGGGGACAGCCACCACAAGUCCUUCUUCGCCUGCAUGGUGAAGCAGAGCGACGUCGUCAUCUGCACGGCCCAGAUCCUGCAGAACGCGCUGGUCAGCGGGGAGGAAGACAUGCACGUGGAGCUGACGGAUUUCUCGCUGCUGGUGAUAGACGAGUGCCACCACACACACAAGGAGGGUGUCUACAACAAAAUCAUGCUGAAUUACCUCCAGCACAAGCUUAGCGGGCAGCAGGGCCUGCCGCAGGUCCUGGGCCUGACGGCGUCCCCCGGCACCGGGGGGGCAACCUCCUUCGAGGGAGCCGUAGAGCACAUCCUUCAGAUCUGUGCCAACCUGGACACCGAGAAAAUCAUGUCGGCGCAGGAGGAGGUGCAGCACCUGCAGAGCCACGUCCCCCAGCCCAGGAAGCAGUACGACCUGUGCCAGGAGAGAGAGCAGGACCCCUUUGGCGAGCAGCUGAAGAAGAUGAUGGAGCAGAUCCAGCAGUACAUGGAGAUGCCUGGCCUGCCACAGGACUUCGGCACGCAGAUUUACGAGCAGCGCAUUAUGGAGCUGGAGAAGAGAGCGGCAGAGACGUUUUGUCGCAAGAUGCGGGUGUGCGCAGUGCACCUGCGCAAGUACAAUGACGCAUUGCUGAUCAACGACACGGUGCGGAUGAUCGACGCCUUCCAGUGCCUCCAGGAGUUCUACACUGCUGAGAGGGACACAAAGGACCCCACCGAACGGUUCCUCACCACCACGUUUGAGGAAAACAGGAUGAGCUUGCAGGCGCUUGCCAGGGACCGGCGCUACGAGAACCCCAGGCUGGGCAAACUGGAGGAGAUCCUGCAGGAGCGCUUCCAGCCCCCAGGCACCGCUCGUGGCAUCGUCUUCACCAAGACUCGGCAGAGUGCCCACAGCCUGCUCAGCUGGCUGCAGGACACGGCCACGCUCUGUGGCCAGCACAUCAGGGCCGCCGUCCUCACUGGUGCUGGCUACAGCAACCAGACCAAGCACAUGACGCAGAACGAGCAGCAGGACGUGAUCAAGCUGUUCCGCGAGGGAGCCCUCAACCUGCUCUUCUCCACCAGCGUGGCUGAGGAGGGCCUGGAUAUCCCCGAGUGUAACAUUGUGGUCCGUUAUGGGCUGAUGACCAACGAGAUCGCCAUGGUGCAGGCCCGGGGCCGUGCCCGUGCCGAAGACAGUGUCUACUCCGUCCUUGCCAAAGCCAACAGCAGAGAGGUCUCUCGUGAGCUGCUCAAUGAGAACCUUGUGGAGCUCAUGGAGAGGGCGAUCAGAGCAGUGCAGGCCAUGCCUGAGCAGGAGUACAGCCUCAAGAUCAGGGACCUGCAGGAAGUUGCCGUUGCCAGCUGGCUAAUGAAGGAGUCCAGGAUCAGAGAGAGGCGGCAGCUGCACGACCCGGACGAUGUGUACCUCUACUGCGUCAACUGCAACGUGGCGGUGUGCCGUGGCAGCGACAUCCGCACUGUGGAGGGCAUGCACCACGUUAACAUCAACCCCAACUUCAGGGUGUACUACAGAGUUUCUGGGAAAAUACAGUUCCAGCGGACUUUCAAGGACUGGGAGCCCGGCUGCCGCAUCAUGUGCAGUGAGUGCAGCCAGGACUGGGGAAUGGAGAUGAUCUACCGACAGGUGAAGCUGCCCAUCCUCUGCAUCAAAAACUUUGUGGUGGAGACACCGGCUGAGAAGAGGAGGUACAAGAAAUGGAGUGCCGUGACAUUCCCUGUCGAGGAGUUUGACUACCUGGAGUACUGCUCCAACACCCAUGGCCAGUCCUUCUAGCAUGGGCUCUGCUCAGAAGAGGACUAUUCCCAGGCCAUCUCCUGGGGCAGUGGGACCCUUUCUGUUGCCCUUGGCAUGGGACCCUACCUCCAGGCCUGUGCAGAGAGCCACAGCUUGCUCCUUUUUUCCUUGCUGGACUGAGUCACUGCAGCACAUCCCUUGCUAGAGCCUGCAACUGCAGGAGGAGGCUUUGCUGCACCCAUGCAGAAAGGACGAGACACUGGGAUGGGAAAAUACAUGAACGCUUCCCUGCCUGCUGGCAGCUGCUCCCUGUGCCACUGCCUUCCCCUCCUGCCCCCCAGCACUGCCAGGCUCGGAGGGCUGUCACCGUGACCCUGCCAGAAGAACCAGCCAUUUCACAUGGGCCCAGGACACGGCCCAGCGUUUAUCUGGCAGCGUCCGGUCUGCUUUGCGAA